AUGGCGACAUCGGGACGAUGCUACGCUAAGGAGAAUUCGGUCAAGGUAAUAAACGUUGAUAUUAAAAAAGUUUUUAUGAUAGAUUUUAUUGAAUCAGUUGAGAGAUGCAUUGGUGAAGGCUCUUGUUAUGCCUGUGUACCCCGCCCACCUACCAGUAUUGAAAUUACAGUAAAUAAUGUCGAAAAUGCUAUGAAAUUAUGUGAAGAAGGCCUAAAUAUAAAUAGUAAGAAUUACUCAGUUGAACUAUGUUUCUCUAAAAACACUGUUGUUUCUAUUUUUAAUCUCCCAAGCCAUAUUAAUGACGACGUAAUUACCAACAAACUUGAACAAUAUAAAAUUGAAAUUGUGGACAAUGUAGUUAGGCAUUAUUACAAACAGAGACCUGAUGUUUCCGACGGCACACGGUAUGUAAAAUGCAAGUUUCCGCCCAAUUUUCAUUCUCUUCCGUGGGCCAUGCAAUUUGAAACACCAGAUGGACCUCAGACAUUCAAAGUUGUGCAUAACAAUCAAAGUAAGGUUUGUUUUAAGUGCCUUUCACCAGACCAUGAAAAAAAGGAAUGCCCCAAAAUUCAGUGCCGAAAGUGUAAGACAUAUGGCCAUAUGGCGUUUAAUUGUGUGACGGAGAAAUGUGACAAAUGUAACAAGUACACGACACAAUGCAUAUAUGAUGAAUUUUAUGACACUAAUGAAGGAAAUGAUAACGAGCAGAUGAACACUGAUAAACCUAACAGGCGUGACCUAAGUUUAUCAACAGACAUUGACCACGGCGACAAAAAACAACGUAAAGACACAAACAAUGAUAACAUCUCACCAACAGAAUCCACGCGUAUCGACCCUCCGUCUUUCAUGAACGAAUUCUCAGUAAUUUAA